CAAUAUGGCGGCUAACAAACGAGUGCUGUAUGUUGGCGGCCUGGCAGAGGAGGUGGAUGAGAAGGUGUUACACGCAGCUUUUAUUCCGUUUGGAGACAUCACAGACAUCCAGAUACCGCUAGAUUAUGAAACAGAAAAGCACAGAGGUUUUGCCUUUAUCGAGUUUGAAUUGGCAGAGGAUGCUGCAGCAGCUAUUGAUAACAUGAAUGAGUCUGAGCUUUUUGGACGGACUAUCCGGGUCAACACCGCCAAGCCCAUGCGGAUCAAAGAGGGGUCUUCUCGACCAGUGUGGUCGGACGAUGACUGGCUGAAGAAGUUCUCAGGAAAGACCGCAGAGGAGGCUGAGGCCGAGGCAGCGGGUGGAGAAACAACAAAAAUCACAACACAGGAGGAGGAGCCCCCAGCUAAAAAAGGCAGAGUUAAUCCUCAGGUCUACAUGGAUAUCAAGAUUGGGAACAAGCCGGCGGGGAGACUCCGCUUCCUCCUUCGGGCUGACAUUGUUCCUAUGACAGUAGAAAAUUUCCGCUGUUUGUGCACACAUGAGAAGGGCUUUGGAUUUAAGGGCAGCAGCUUUCAUCGCAUCAUCCCUCAGUUUAUGUGCCAAGGAGGUGAUUUCACAAACCACAACGGCACCGGCGGCAAGUCCAUCUACGGUCGGAAAUUUGAUGACGAAAACUUUGUUCUCAAACACACUGCACCAGGGCAGCUCUCUAUGGCCAACUCAGGGCCAAACACUAACGGCUCUCAGUUCUUCAUCACCACUGACAAAACAGACUGGCUGGACGGCAAACAUGUUGUGUUUGGAGACCUGGUGGAGGGGAUGGAUGUGCUCCGUGCAAUGGAGGCUCAGGGAAAUAAAGACGGCAAGCCGAAGCAGAAAGUCAUCAUCUCUGAUUGUGGAGAAUAUGUUUGAACGAAAAAGAAGCGUGUGCUUGUCUGGAGACAGUGUUUGUCCGAGAGCAUGAGUGUGUUCAUGGUCUUUUGUACUUUGAACCUGCAUCACCUGCCAUGUAAAUAUUUCAGUAAACACCCUUUUUAUAUAAAGAAA